AUGUAUAAUUUGAAGCUGGAUAAGUUUGAGGUCCACGAGGGUUUUAAGGGAGCUGAGCGGUGGCUAGACCAUAUUGAAAAGACAUUUCGAGUGUUGCAUAAUCAGGGGAAUCUUCCUGUUGAAAAGUGGGUAGAGACGACUUCAUGGUUCUUGGGUAGGGAAUCGUCAUCCUGGUGGGAACAGGAGGUCCGUCGUUUGACCCAAGAAGAAAAGGCUGACUGGGAAGUGUUUAAGCAUUUGUUUCGGAAAAGGUUUGUGCCUCCUGAGUACAGUAAUCGUAAGAAGCAAGAAUUUAUCGAGUUGAGGCAAGGGAAAUUGACGGCGAAUGAGUAUUAUCAGAGGUUCACUGAUUUAUCUAAUGACUCUCUGUAUGAUGGUUAUUCAUCAUAUAAGACAGCGAAAGAACUGUGGGAGUCUCUGGAUAAGAAGUACAAGUCUGAAGUGGCAAGUUCCAAGAAGUUUGCAAUUGGAAAAUUUCUGAAUUACAAGAUGAGUGACACCAAGUAUGUUGUCAAGCAAGUUGAAGAACUCCAAGUGAUUGUUCAUGAGAAAACCUUGAGGAUCCAUCGCAAAAAUGAGAAGUAUGAUGUCUCAUCGCUGGAGGCGAAAGCCAAUGUUGUGGAAAGAGUUGACUCACACAAGGCAAGGCACCAUCAGAAAAACAAAGGCAAGGAUGCUGCAACGAAAGUAAUGACUGUUGUAAAAGGGAAAACCUUCAAGAAAAUCAAAGGAGGUUGUUGGGUUUGUGGAAAGACAGGUCAUAGGGCAAAGGACUGCCGCCACAAGAAGAAUCAGAAUUCUGGAAGUUCCAAUCAAGCAAAUGUUGCAGAAGACACGUUUGUUGUUGUUAUCUCUGAAGUCAAUUUAUUGACUAAUUCAAAUGACUAG